CUGCGCGCCCCUCCCCCGCCCUGGAGGUCCGGCCGGACGCGACCCGGAGCCGCCGCCGCCCGCUUCUGCCGCUCAAUGGAGGACGGUCUGCUGGAGAUCAUGACCAAGGACGGCGGCGAGCUGCCGGCACCCCUGGAGGUGUCCACGGUGCCGGCCGUGGGGGACGUGAUCUCCGGGGAGUACAACGGCGGCAUGAAGGAACUGAUGGAGCACCUGAAGGCGCAGCUGCAGGCCCUGUUUGAGGACGUGAGGGCCAUGCGGGGGGCCCUGGACGAGCAGGCCUCGCACAUCCAGGUGCUCUCGGACGACGUGUGCGCCAACCAGCGGGCCAUCGUCUCCAUGUGCCAGAUCAUGACCACCGCGCCCCGCCAGGGCGGCCUGGGCGUGGUCGGCGGCAAGGGGAGCUCCCCAGGGGCUCCCCAAGAGCCCGAGACGCCUUCGCCUGGAGUCGGUGACAGCAGCUUUCUGGGUCGCGAUCCCGAGGACGAGGAGGAGGAGGACGACGACGACGAAGAGGAGAAAGAGAUGCCCAGCCCCGCCACACCCACCAGUCCCCGCGAGCUCUCCGAGAGCCCCUGUGCCGGUCCCCUCGAGGGGGACGGGCCACUUGUGGAGCCCCUCGACCUGCCUGACAUUACCUUGCUGCAGCUGGAGGACGAGGCCUCCCUGUGAGGGGACUCCGCGGGGGGCACCGACUUCCUGGGGCUGGCUGUGGGUUUCCAAGUGCAUGACGCCAGGGGACUGGACGGCGCGAUGCAGCAGUGCUUCCCUCCGACCGACCGCAGCGGCUCUAAAGGGUCAGGUAGAGACUACCUCAAGGAAGGAUUUGUAGGGUGAAGGACUUUGGGAGCAUCACAAAUUAUUCUUGCCCAGCCAAGCGUCAUAGCAAACUGCUGAAAGGUGAGGUUCCAGGAGAGAAGUGCCACCUCUGGACUCCCAUCUAUCCCCCUACCCUGGCCCUAGCCCCCCUCUUGCUCCCCAGGCAACAGGAGAACCCCUCAAUUAUGUAAAUAAAAUUGUGCUUUUUCUAUUCUGAAAAAGAACUUAUCUAGGACUAUGGUAUAUAAUCUCUUAACGAUUUACCUAGAAAUUAAGGAAUUGGGGUAUUCUGUUCUGGCAACAGGAAAUUUACCCAUCUGCUGAAUUCCAAGAUAUUCAGUGCUCUGCAGAAGCCUCUCCCCCUCGCAGAUCUCUGCGGCUGCUGAUUGGUAGAGGAAGCUUGAGGAGGGAACUGCAGCCCUAGGAAUCUGGGUGAAUGGGGUUCCCAGGGCCCCUGGGCUGGGAGGAGCUGGCUCAGAAUGUGCAUGGAUACAUAAUAGCUCAAGCUCUAGGAUUUUGCAUGCAGAGCGGAUCCUGUCCUGUCACUGACUUCAUCUGGGAUUGCUUUUCCACUUAUCUGGGCCUAGAGAACAAAGAGCCCAGUUCACAGGCAGAGACUUGGGGGUGCUCAGCAACAGCCCGAAUUUAGGAGACAUUUGAGGGACUCUUGGGGGCUGCAGCCAAAAAUUGUCUCUCUCUCGGCUACACCUGCUUAAAUUUCAGUUCCUUUUUCUGUCAAGAUGUCCCUGCCUCUCGGUGUUGCCUCCAUAACGUCUUGUGUAUGUUAUGUGUGUCCCCUCGUGUAGUAGUGUGUGAGCCCUCAGGGGCAGGGCUUCUGACUCUGGUGUUAGGUUCAGGAGGCUUUAGACUUUUCUGUGAGACCCAAGCUAUCAUGGCUUUCCCCUCUCCUUCUGCCCUCCCUCCAGACUUUCCCACCAGGGCAUAGAGCAUGUGGCUGUCCUGAGGUUCCGUAACUGAUGUGCCCCCUCUUACCUCCCAAAGUGAUGACUUUGUGUGCCCUUCCCUCUCUAUGUAUCCCUUCUCAGUGCUUUCCUUGGUGUUAAUAAAAAGGCGUCAUCUCCUCUC